AUGGCGACUACAGACAGAGACCAGAAGCCAAAGCCAAGCAGCUUGCGGUCCAUCAUCGCUGGGGCUACGGCGGGAGCUGUUGAGAUCUCUAUUACUUACCCUGCAGAGUUCGCGAAAACCAGAACCCAGCUCAACCAUAGGUUACCGGAUGCGAAGAAAUUACCAUGGCCUCCGUUUGGCAAGGCAUGGUAUGCAGGAUGCACAACCUUGAUCAUCGGUAACUCGAUAAAGGCCGGAGUCCGAUUCGUCGCGUUCGAUGCCUACAAGUCUCUAUUACAGGACGAUAACGGAAAGAUCUCGGGCCCAAAGACAGUUAUUGCUGGAUUUGGCGCUGGAAUUACCGAAUCCCUUCUCGCCGUCACCCCUUUCGAGAGCAUCAAGACCCAACUUAUAGAUGAUAGAAAGUCCGCUAAACCGCGGAUGCGUGGCUUUUUGCACGGAAGCGCUAUAAUAUUCCGGGAACGAGGCAUUCGCGGAUUCUUCCAAGGCUUCGUACCUACGACCGCACGACAAGCAGCUAAUUCCGCAACGAGAUUCGGGAGCUAUACUACUCUACGGCAGUUUGCUCAGGGGUACAUCGCGCCAAGCGAGAAACUGGGGACGUUAAGCACCUUUGCUAUUGGUGGAAUGGCCGGUCUGAUCACAGUAUACGUUACCCAACCACUGGAUACCGUGAAGACGAGGAUGCAAUCACUAGAAGCGAGAAAAAGCUACAAGAACAGUUUUGAUUGUGUAGUAAAGAUAUUCAGAGAUGAGGGACUUCUUACCUUCUGGUCUGGUGCCGUGCCACGACUCGCAAGACUGGUCUUAAGCGGCGGUAUCGUUUUCACAAUGUACGAGAAAACCAUGGAAGGCCUCGAUGUACUUGACCCUAACAGGCAGUAUAUUUAA